UGUUUUGUUUUACAAUGUACACAAAGAGAACAUGUUCACAAUUAAAAUAGAAGAUGGGCGCGAAGCGUCCUAAAAGCCUAUUAUCUUUAAUAGUGGCAAAGAAAAACAAGAAACGAAUUACAUGUUAAAUGUACAUAGUACAACUAUACUGAUGGUAAUAGUAAACAAAACAGAAUUUUGUAAACAUUUACGUUAUAAAAUGACACAAAUUUGUAUUGCAAGGGGUACUAAUGUAUCUUAAUUUACAAAUAUGUAUCCUCUUGGCGUCAAUGGACUUAUAGAAUGUCGUCUUCUAAAUAUAUUCGAGCCUGGUGUUUGUCCAGUCAGGAUUAUGUGCUUUAUUUCCUGAAAAUAACAUAAAUUAUAAAUUGGUUACUUCUACAAAUGUUUUAAUAAAUGUUUAUAAUAAAAAAUUUUACGAUGUAUUAGUGGAUGAUAAAGGGGUUAACUAUUGGUGAACAAUACUAAAAGACGUUUUUAAACAAGGUUGGAGGCCGUGCUAGGAGGGGGAGGGGGGUUCAGUUGUGACAGUGGUGUGGGAGGUGAUGAUGUCCUCUGCAGUUUGAUAACAGGUGGCGAGGACGGAGUGGUCGUAGGUGAGGAAUUCCAGAUUGGUUUCCAGUUGGUGAAUGAAUUGUUUGGACAGUGCCUUAAGAGCAUAUAUUCGGUUCUCCUUGAUUGCAUUUUUAAAGGCAUUAGAGAGGAGAAGGAUGGGAUGAUUGGGUGGGGGUCGGAGGGGUUGGAGUGGUGUCAUCGGUUCCCAGUUCCUCAUCCAGGUUGUGGACAUGGUUGGUGGGCGUGGGGCAGAUUGUGCAUCCUAACAAUCUGCAGGGAGAGUUUCUUGUACAUCUUUGAACUUCCUGAUAAGGGGUUUCAGGAGGAAGGUCUUUGAGAGAAUCCUCGUGGAGAGGAGUAGUUGGAUUCAUCUUUAGGUUGUCAUGUAGAUCCGUCAGGGUUAAAUCAAAAUGUUAACAGAUAACAGCAUACACACCAGACAAAUUGAACAAUAGGCCCAUCAGAACACUAGUGGGGGAGAUAUAUUUUCCCCAACAAAUCUUUCCAUGUUGCGGCCGCAAACACACAACAGAAUAACCCCCAUCUCAAGAAAAUCGAUAACAAAAAGCUUUAUUUCCUGAAAAUAACAUGAAUUAUAAAUUGGUUACUUAUACAAAUGUUGUUAUAAAAGUUUAUAAUAAAAAAUCUUACGAUUUAUUAGCAGAUGAUAAAGGGGUUAACUAUUGUUGAACAGUACUAUAAGACGUUUCUAAACUUCUGAAAUAAAUGACAGUUGAUUAUUAACAAAAGUCACUAAUUCUUUAUAUGAAAAUAUUCUUUGUUUAACUUUUGAAAUGGAUUCACAAUAAACAAGAGUGUUUAGACUCUGUUCCCGGAGAACAAAGAAAAGGGGGCCAAAAUUAUUUGGUUUGGUGUCUCUGAGAAGGGAUUUAAGUUAAAUCGACCUUACACGGAGAGAUCUUAUAGUUAAUGGUUGACAACACUAUAUAUAGGAAAUAGCUGGAGAUGAUGGUGAUGUAAGGUGUGGAACAUACUUGUUUCAUGGAAUGUAUUGAAUACUAUAUAUAAGAAGUAGCUGGAGAUGAUGGUGAUGUAAGAUGUGGAACCUACUUGUUGCAUUAAAUGUAUUGAAUACUAUAUAUAUAGGAAGUAGCUGAUGAUGAUGGUGAUGUAAGAUUUGGAACCUACUUGUUGCAUGAAAUGUAUUGAAUACUAUAUACAGGAAGUAUCUGGAGAUGAUGGUGAUAUAAGAUGUGGAACCUACUUGUUACAUGAAAUGUAUUGAAUACUAUAUAUAAGAAGUAGCUGGAGAUGAUGGUGAUAUAAAAUGUGGAACCUACUUGUUGCAUGAAAUGUAUUGCAUACUAUAUAUAGGAAGUAUCUGGAGAUGAUGGUGAUGUAAGAUGUGGAACCUACUUGUUGCAUGAAAUGAAUUGAAUACUAUAUAUAGGAAGUAUCUGGAGUUGAUGGUGAUGUAAGAUGUGGAACCUAUUUGUUGCAUGAAAUGUAUUGAAUACUAUAUAUAGGAAGUAGCUGAUGAUGAUGGUGAUGUAAGAUGUGGAACCUACUUGUUACAUGAAAUGUAUUGAAUACUAUAUAUAGGAAGUAUCUGGAGUUGAUGGUGAUGUAAGAUGUGGAACCUACUUGUUGCAUGAAAUGUACACUAAUUACUACCAACAAUGCAACUGCAGUUGAAGCUGGAUGCCAUGAUGGAUGUAUCUACAUCAAGAUGAAUGAUCGCUCAGGGGCUUUGUAUUGUUUUGGAAAUGGAGAUCUGACUUCUUUUUGCCUUUGUUGAUCGGUUUCCUCUUGAUACUGUUGUACUUCGGAUUGUUCUUGAAAAGAGUGAACAGUCCCUUGAAUACAACUGGAUACCAGGGAUCAGUACAACCCGAGCUGUAGCAGUAGACACAAGUCUCCUGCACACUACCACUCUGGGUCCUGUGCUACAUACAGCAAGCAGACAGCAUACAGAGGGAACCUUUCUGGACGAGCUACAGCAGGAGAAGAUGAACCGGGUUCCUGUUAUUGUGCGGAACCCCGCCCACAUUGAGGAAGUAGAGCUGGAUGAAGAUGAAGUUGAUCCAGCUGAUAUCACUCCUCUUAUCAGUGGAGACACUCCCAUUAUCACUGUCCCAGCCUCGGAGGACGAGAACGUAGCUGAGGAUGUAGUAGAGGAUGGUGAUGAGGAUGAGGAUUUGCAGUUUAUCCUAGAGAAGAUGGAGAAGCUUGAUACAGAGUUCAAGGAACUCCGAAAGGAGAUUAUGGAUCUCCUGUCCUCUAUUCCUGAGGACACUAGCUCCCUCCAGCCUGCUGUUGUCCCCCAAGUUGAGGUUUGGGACACAGGGAAGGCUUGGGAGCAAGAAUACAGGCUGUAUCCUGACCCUACUAGGAAAGAGGUCAGUGACAGGCUGUCUAACCAGGUUUGGGAUUUAAAAGAACAGUUUGUUUUUAUUUACUAUUUUCAAAUUUUGUUUAUCAAAUAAUCUUGUUUUGUUUCAUAAGUGUGUAAAUACUUGAGAAUUGACAUGAUAUGAAUUCUGGUAAUUGUUUCAAAACCAGGAUAUGUUCCAAAAACACUGCAUGAGCUGAAAUCCAGUAAUUGUCUCAAAUCCAGGAUAUGUUCUGAAAACGCAACGUGAGCUGAAAUUCGGUAAUUGUUUCAAAAUAGGGA